AUGGGCCUCGAAGAAGGUGUUGUGAAGCAGCCUCUAGGUGAAUCACGGUCAACCCGAAGACCAUGGACAUCUUGGCGUCUCGUAGCGGUCGCAGCCAUCGGCGUCCUACUCGUCGUCACCCAGUUAACCAACUGUACGCACCAUUUCCACUCUCACAUUGCCAAGCACCAUAUUCUUCGGAACCUUCAGGAACAACCGGCACUUCGACUCACUUUUGAGCUCAAGCGUAAGGCCAUGUAUGUGCAUGGCGCGUCGACUUUUGACGUAAUUGCGACUCCGGCACUAAAGCGCUCGGCUGACGACAACACUAUGGUAUACAACGGAAUGGCGUCGUUCGAGGAGGACGGCCACACUCACGAGUACUCCCUCGUGGACGGUACCACCUACUAUACUCGUCGUCCGAAUGGUCUCCCGGCAUCAGACGCUGAGUCGGGCUGUCUUCCGUCGGGCUCGGUACCACCUAUCGAGAGUGUAUUGAGCGCCAUUUACGGGGCUACCACGGCUACACAGUCCGGUACCUCGAACGACAAGUGCCCCGGUGGCUCCGUUAUGGUAUUCCAGCUCGCCGGAGAAGACUUCGUGCUAUGUUCAGACCAAUCUUGGCUUGAGGAUGGCGGAUUCCAGGUCUUUGGUAAGCACCUGAACGUUGGAGUGAAAUACGAACAGACUGCUCCAGUUAUCGUCGCUCCACGCGUGUCGACGGAGUUACUGACCUCAUGUGGAAAGGUUCCAUUUGGAGAGCGUGUCACUCCGUCUCUGCCGUCAAUGCUGACUCGAUCGUUCUCGGAAUGGAGACACCGUGCUCUACGCGAACAAGUGGCUGAGGGUUUCUUUGACAGCGCUUGGGAUCUCAUCACGGACGAUAGUUGUGGCUGCAAAGGCGCUAAACGCGCAUGUGUGUUCGUCGCUGGUCUGAGCUCAUACGACGAUUACGGUCUAACAGAGGACGACCCCGAAGGCUACUUUGGAGACGAAAUUAAGGAUCACUCGCCGUGCUGCUCCAGCAGGAAGUUCAUUACACUGGCCACCAAGGAAAACUCGUGGAAUGACUCUGCAUUCCAGCAACGACUUGUCGAUCUGCUAGUUCAGGUGAGCGAUACGAGUGACCCGGCCACGGGAACUAUCAAGGACACGAUCUACGUGGGCCACUCGAUGGCGAACCUCAUUCUGGCAGGAGCUAUCGCCAACAAAAAGGCCACUCUUGACGCUUCGACGACUUGGGUUUCUGCCAGUGCCCCCAUGGAGGGAAGUAUGGGGUCCAACUAUAUCCAGGAAUCGUGUGCGGGAAAGCAAACUGGCUUCGUUGCCAGCAUCAUUGAGCUGCUGGGCAACUGUCCAGCCAACACGGGUGAGACGUCACUUGCCUACCAAGGCACCAACUUCUCGUCAAUGCCGCUGAACGAUGCCUACGCUGGCGCCCAAGACGCGUUUGCUAAGAACGUGGACGCUGUCAUGUGCAGCACCAGUUUUUCGGGAUUAGUGACAGUAAAGGCGGCUAUCUAUGCGCUGGCUGGUAAGAUUCUGCCGCAUCAUUCCACUCAAAAUGAUGGUAUUGUGGAGUACACAAGCUGCGCGUUGGGGCUCAAUCCUGACAUCUUCGACAACACUUACACAAGUGCGCACUACCGGACUGGAUUGAACCACGUGGACACGUCUUUCCGGAACGGCGAUGGCAUGUUCAAUGAUAACAAGAAACCAUUGAAGUGGUUCGAGUGCCUUCUGUAG